AUGUACCACAUUAUGUUCUUAAUUGUUAUAUUUAUUUUGACAAACCCAUGUAAGUCGUUUAGAGUCAAUAAAAUUGAAAGAAAUCCAUUCAUAAAAAACAGAGAAAAUGAAAAAGAAAAAAAAAAUACUAGUUAUUUUAAAAAUGUGCAAACAAAACCCCAAAAAAUAAUAAAACAUAAUAAAUUAUAUGGAUCUUUCAAUGAUUAUAUAUAUAAAUUGUUAAUAAAAAAAUUUAAAAAAGUCAAAGAAAAAAAAGAUAUAAAUAUAUAUAAAUCUUUACAAUCUCCGAAAAAUGCUUAUAAUGCUGAUAUACUAUUUUCAUGUGAAUAUACUAUAAGUGAAAUCAAAAAAAAAUUAUCUGAAUAUAUUUAUGAGCUUAAACUUGUUCAUGCUCAAAAUUUUAAAAUUCUAUAUAUGGGAAAACGACGAUUAAUAAGGCCUAUUAAAAAACAAUUUGAGGCAUAUUAUAUUCUUUUUUCAUUCGAGGUAUAUCCUUCUAUUAUUAGAGAUAUAUUUAAUAAGCUUCGUUCACAAAACCAUAUACUCAGAUUGAUGAUAACAAAGGAUGAGUAUAAGACAAAAAAUAUUGAAUUUAAAGAAGAUGAUUCUGUAAUUAAUGAAAUGAACAAAGUCGAACAAAGUUUUUUUUUUAAGAAAUCAGCAUAG